AUGUCUGUCGUUCCAGAAAACAAACCAGAAGCUAUCGAUGGCCAUCAGGUCAAAGAAACCGAAGUCGUCCCUCAUGUCGUGGAAGUCUAUUCCGUUUUCUCAUCUGGCAUGCGUCUCUACUUAACGUAUCUCCUCGGCAUCGUCCUCCUCAUCUCGACACUAACGUCAACAAUAUACGCUCCGCUAUUAUCUCUGCUCAGCACACACUUCUCCGUGUCUAUUCAAUCCAUCAACCUAACAGUCACCGUUUAUGCCAUAUUUCAAGCUCUCUCGCCUGCCUUCUUUGCCUCGUUGGCCGACGCAUUUGGAAGGCGACCUGUGCUCCUCGGCGUGCUAGCCAUCUACGCUUGUGCGAGCCUGGGUCUGACUCUCAAUAAGAGUAGUUAUGGUGUUCUGCUAGCUUUGCGGGCUUUGCAAAGUAUUGGAGGCUCCGCUACGGUUCCAAUUGCCUAUGGCAUCGUUGCAGAUGUCGCGGUACCAUCCCAGCGUGGGAAGAUGCUAGGGCCGAUACAGUCCACGUGCAAUGCGAUUUGUGCAGUUAGUCCUGUAAUUGGUGGCGCAAUCGCAUUGGGCUCAGGAGGUGUGGUCUGGGUGUUUCUUUCACUGCUCAUUAUCGCUGUCUUGUUACUCGUGUUGGUUGCCUUCACGUUGCCUGAAACGGCUCGUAAUGUGGUCGGCAAUGGUUCACUGCCAGUGAGCGGAAUCUGGAGAACAUGGAUGUCAUUUAUAUCCCACACCAAGCGCUAUGAACCCAGCAGAAAGACAUGUCUUUCUGAACCAGCAAAGCAAAGGGUCAGGUGGCGUCCGAUCCAGGUUUUCACCUCCUUCCGCAUCAUCUUGUAUCCAGAUGCUGCGUCGAUCCUCUUGAUGAUAGCUCCAUCUUACGCGGUCUACUAUACAUUCCAAGCUGCUGUUCCUGUGAUCUUCUCUGAAGUCUACCAGUACAAUACCCUAGAAAUUGGACUUGCUUUGAUGCCAGUGCUUGCGGGAUUGACAGGUGGUGGGAUCCUCGCGGGUAAGCUUUUGGAUAUGAACUACGCAAAGUUCGCACGCAAGUGCAAUAUUGAUACCACUGCUUUGGAUAAAAACAAUCUACGGGAUUUUCACAUAGAGGCUGCGAGGUACCGGCAUUGCUUGCCCUUCAUUCUAUCGGAGACGGCGUUGAUCAUCGCUUAUGGUUGGGUGGUACAGCUGCACGUUCACCCAGCACUUCCUAUGAUCCUGCAGUUCUUCAUUUGCGCUACAUCUACGGUGAUGACUUAUACAGCCGCCGCUCUUCUUGUCGACGUCUUUCCAGAGAGUCCGAGUACGGCGUUUGCAUCUGCUCAGAUUGCGAGAUGUGGCGUAAGUGCUGCAUCUGUGGCCAUUUUGCAACCUUUAAUUGACGCUGUCGGAAGAGGAUGGUACUUUACCAUCUUCGGAUCUUUUGUUGGACUUUUAAGUCUUGUAUCACUUGCUGUAACUCGAACCAAAGGGAUGAAAUGGAGACAGAGUAGACAGCAACUCAUGACACCGAAUGCUGCCACGCAGGAUGUCAGGAAGACGGAAGACCAAGAGCCCCAAAAGGCGACCACAAAAUAG